AGCAUUGACUGGGGCAAUUAUUCCGUUCGGCUCACUGCUGAUGGAAUCCUCUAUGAGCCUGUUCCAGAAAUUACUGUCCAGAUUAUGGAUAUGAAGAGGAAUUUAGAAGUGGCCCAGAAACGUGGCCCAGUAGACGGAACACUACUAAGCGCUAGAGCUGGAGAGAUUAAUGGAACUGAAGAAACACCAGACGAAAGCACCAAUACUUCUAGCAAGACAUGGAUAUUUGUUGUGUUUAUAGUUCUAUUUGCCAUAAUUAUAGCGGGUGAAGCCUUUGGAUGGUUUCUCUAUUACAAGCUGAGGAAGACGACCUCACCAGAAGAUGAAGAAUGGCUGAUAGUUCAUGGAAAACCAAGGACAAAAGCAACAGUAGCAGUUGUGGUUAAACAAAAGGAAGUGAUUAAGAAGGAAACCACUAAAAAAGCAGAACCUGCAGUGUCAGAAGAGGAGGAGACUGAAGAAGAACCAGAAACUCCUAAAAAGUCUUCACAGAAGACGCUGCCUUCAAAGAAACCUUCCUCUAAGGCUCUGAAAAAGAAGCAGUCCGUCAUUGUUCAGCCAGAGGAAGAGACUGAGACUUCUGAGGCAGAGCCUGAGACUUCAGAGGAAGAGCAGGAAAAGCCAAUCAAGGUUAAGCAAAAGAAAGUGAUUAAGAAGAAAAUCACUAAAAAAGCAGAACCUGCAGUGUCAGAAGAGGAGGAGACUGAAGAAGAACCAGAAACUCCUAAAAAGUCUUCACAGAAGACGCUGCCUUCAAAGAAACCUUCCUCUAAGGCUCUGAAAAAGAAGCGGUCCAUCAUUGUUCAGCCAGAAGAAGAGACCGAGACUUCUGAGGCAGAGCCUGAGACUUCAGAGGAAGAGCAGAAAAAGCCAAUCAAUUCAAAAAAAAAUUGGUGUUCCAAUGACUUACUACUUGUGUGCUACUCUUGUUUGUGCAGGGUUAAGCAAAAGAAAGUGCACAAAAAGAAGACCACUAAAAAAGCAGAACCUGUUGUGGCAGAAGAGGUGUCUGAAGAGGAACCAGAACCUCCAAAAAAGUCUAAGAAAAAACCUUCCAAGAAACCUUCUUCUAAAACUCGGAAAAAGAAGCAGUCCGAUGUUACUCAGACAGAUGAGUCUGUAUCAGAAGAAGAGGAAGCAGAGGAAGAGCAGCAAAAGCCAAUCAAGGUUAAACAAAAGAAAGUGCCUAAAAAGAAGAUCGCUAAAAAAGAAAAACCUGUAGUGACAGAGGAGGAGUCUGAGGAGGAACCAGAACCUCCAAAAAAGAUCACUAAGAAAAAGGCAGAAGACGAGGAGGCUGAAGAUGUCCCAAAGCCUUUGAAGAAGUCUUCUAAAAAGAAACUGAAGACCACUGACAAAGCAGAAGACAAGGAGGCUGAAGAUGUACCAGAACCUCCAAAAAAGUCUUCUAAGAAAAAAUUAGCUCCCAAGAAACCAUCCUCUACGGCUCUUAAACAGAAGCUAAAACCGCUUCCUGCGAAAGAUGAGGAGCCAAAAGAUGCCGCAGAAGAAGAGAAGCCAGAGAAGAGCAAGACUCAGCAGGAUGGUACUAAAAAGAAAAUAAAGCGAAAAGACAGACGCCCAGCUAGGAAACCUAAAAGGGUUAUGAAAGUUGUAAGGCCAAGAACCUCAAAGAAACCAUCAACUAAAAAAGAUGCCACGGAAAUUGUGGCUGAUCCAAAGAAAGGUGAUUUAGAGGAUGAAAAGGAAAUUGCUAAAGAAGGCAGUAGUGAAAAGAAGGCACUUAAAGGAUCCCAAAAGAAAAGAUCACUGGUCAAACGUAAACCUAAAAAGGGCAGUAGUGCAAAGAAGGUACUGGCAGUAAAAGGUCCAGCAAAAACUGUGAAAAGUUCAAAGGAAAAAUCCAAAAAACAUGAUUCAGAGGCUGGAAAGGAGACUAAAGAAGGCAGUGGUGCAAAGAAGGCACCUCCAGUAAAAGCUCGAGUAAAGAAGGCACUCCCAGUAAAAGCUCGAGUAAAGAAGGCACCUCCAGUAAAACCUCGAGCAAAGAAGGCACCUCCAGUAAAACCUCGAGCAAAGAAGGCACCUCCAGUAAAACCUCGAGCAAAGAAGGCACCUCCAGUAAAACCUCGAGCAAAGAAGGCACCUCCAGUAAAACCUCGAGCAAAGAAGGCACCUCCAGUAAAACCUCGAGCAAAGAAGGCACCUCCAGUAAAACCUCGAGCAAAGAAGGCACCUCCAGUAAAACCUCGAGCAAAGAAGGCACCUCCAGUAAAACCUCGAGCAAAGAAGGCAUCACCAGUAAAAGCUGUAGUAAAGAAGGCACCUCCAGUAAAAGCUGUAGUAAAGAAGGCACCUCCAGUAAAAGCUGUAGUAAAGAAGGCACCUCCAGUAAAAGCUGUAGUAAAGAAGGCACCUCCAGUAAAACCUCGAGCAAAGAAGGCAUCACCAGUAAAAGCUGUAGUAAAGAAGGCACCUCCAGUAAAACCUCGAGCAAAGAAGGCAUCACCAGUAAAAGCUGUAGUAAAGAAGGCACCUCCAGUAAAACCUCGAGCAAAGAAGGCACCUCCAGUAAAAGCUGUAGUAAAGAAGGCACCUCCUGUAAAAGCUCGAGCAAAGACAGCAGUAAAACGUCCCACCAAGCCUUGGAAAACAUUUAAAUCUAAGAAAGUCUCACCAAAGACUGUAAAGCCUCAUAAGUAAGUGAAUAUCUAACCUGCGACGACAGAGCUACAGUUUGCAGCUGAUACUCCAGCACAUUCAAGCGACACAAACGACGAUCCCACUACCUGUAUCAAAUUAUUUUAUUUCCAUUUAUUUUUAUUUUUUUAAAUAUAAUAAAAUAAAACUAUAUUUUUAUAUUAAAUAAAUAUGUGUUGUGUUGAAAUUUCCAGAAAAAAUAUCUUCUUCCUAAAAAUGAAGUGUUUUAAUAUGAUUUUGCUUUAAGGCCCAGUAUCUUUUAGCUGUGCCAGUUGGUUUUAUACAAGGACACGGCAUAUGUUGUGCCACAUGUUUCAGGGGUGAUGCGCAUGACACUGGCACUGCAGUUAUGCCGUUUUUCGGAGGCAUUUUGCAUUACGAUGACUCUAUUUAUUCUACUAAGUUGAAUUUGUGUGCAAUUAUGACUAAGAAAUCAACAGUAGAGAACAUACCUUUAAUUAGCCUCCCCAAACCAAAAAACAAUCUUCAGCCUAUGGGCAUAACGACAAUGCACUAGACCCUCCCAUAAAAACAUUUGCAGCCCAUACAUGACCCUCACUCCGCCCACCAGCCAGCUUGUGUCCCUGGCUUCCCACCCACUUGAGAGAGAGAGAGAGAGGAUAACAUACCUCCCAACAACGGGACUACUGAUUUUGACAGCUCAACC